AUGGGGAUAAAAAGGCUACCAUCAUAUAGAGAUUACUGGAGUACAGGACCAGACUUGAAUGACCCUUUUAUAUCUAAGCAAAUGACAGUCAAUAGAUUUGGAUGGUUUUUGUCUAAUCUCCAUUGCAACGAUAGUUCAUUAGAACCAAAACGUGGAUCACCCAGUUUUGACAAAUUAUACAAGCUUAGGACUGUGAUUGAAAAAUUAAGUGAAUGUUUUCUAAAAUCCAAAAAUCUUACCCAAAAUCUUACAAUUGAUGAGUCAAUGGUAAAAUUCAAAGGCCGCUCUACUAUAAAACAAUAUAUGCCACAAAAACCGAUCAAAAGGGGGUACAAGAUUUGGAUGCUCAAUGAUAAAACUAAGUAUACAUCAAAGUUUCAAGUUUAUACUGGAAAAGUUGUAGGUGGUGUGGAAAAGUUAUUAGGUGAAAAGAUAGUAAACGAUCUCAUGUUAUCCACUUUUUCAAAAUCUAAUGAAAAAAAAAUCUAUGCAUGUGGUACAAUUAGGUCAAAUAGAAAAUACCUCCCAAAUUUUUUACCUGAUAAAAACUUAAAAAGAGGAGACUUUGAUUACUUUACAAGUAAUCACAACAUAGCAGUUUACAAAUGGAUGGAUAAUAAACCUGUGUAUAUGAUCUCAUCCUUACACUCGCCCAAUGACACUUUUCAAGUAAAAAGAAAACUCAAAGAUGGAAAUACUACUAUGGUCCCCUGUCCAAAAGUGCUUAUAGGUUACAAUAUUAAUAUGAAUAAUGUUGAUGUUUUUGAUCAGCUAAAAGCAGCAUAUGGAAUCAACCGAAAAGCUAAAAAAUGGUGGCAUAGGUUAUUUUUUCAUUUUCUUGAUAUGGCUAUAGUCAAUGCUUUUAUACUUUUUAAAGAACUAACUAAAGAAAAGCUUUCUAUGAAAGACUUUCGGAGGCGAAUAGUUGAUGGUUUAUUAGCUCCAAAUCAACUACAACCUCAAAAAAAAAAAAAAAAUAAAAGUUCCUGUCGUAUUUCCAAACAUAAACCACAUAUUUCUCCUGAAGUUCGAUUCCAAAGUUCUGUACAUCAGCCCGCCCGUGGGACGUUAAGAAGAUGUGGACAUUGUAGCACAAAAAAAAAUAAAAAAAGAACAGAAUGGCUGAAACAGUCACUUAAAGUCGAGAAAUCAGAAAUAAAAAAUCCUGUGCUUCAAAGGGCUAGAGGCCUAGAGUUGACGCAUCCAAAAAGCAAGGCGAUCAUGCUGUCCAGAAGGCGGGCCUACAUGCCACCGAGCUUUUACAUCGGGGGACACCCAAUUGACCUCAAAGACAGCCUCCGGUAUCUCGGAGUCUUCGUUGGCAAUAGGUUAACGUUUGCCGGCCACAUCAAGAUCGCAGCGAAAAAGGCGUCUCACUCAGCGGCCGCUCUGGCUCGGCUCAUGCCAAACGCGAGGGGCCCGUGCUAG